AUCUCUAAAAAAAAACGAUUUCGUAUCUGACUCACUCGCUUACUCACUAAUGAUCAUCAAAUCCCUUAGAGUUCUUCCUGAAGUCCUGGGAAGCUGAAAUUUGUAUGUAGGAUAGUAUUAGUAUAUAAACAACAAAUAAAUUCAAAACUUGAAAUUUUUAGCCACUAAGGGGAUGAAAAGGGGAUUGAAAUUUGGUAUGGGGAAUCAAUAACCGCUGAACCGAUUCAGUUGAAAGGUAUGUAUAUAGUUUUUGUUAUGAGGAAGGAUAUAUAAUACCCUAAAAUCACCCCGUAAGAGCAAACAGGGGGAUAAAAAGGGCGUUAGAUUUUAAUAGUAAAAAAUCACCCCCAACCCUUUAAAUUAGGGUAUGUAAGAUCGUCAAAAGCAACUUACAAAAAUAAGUGAAAUCCGAUCAAAAACAUUUUCAUGUAAAAUGUUGCCAAGAUGAAACCAAAGCUCGCACUGUCAUAAAGUUAUCAGAUCUCUUGUAGAGCUAAGCUUCUAACUUCACAAACUCUACACCUUACUCAAAAUAUAUGGCUUGGCCGUUUCCUUACUACAAGAACUAUAGUAAAAAUGGUGAAUAGUGAAUACAUUUUUCACCUUACGUCCCUUUAAACGGUAUUCGAAUCGAUAGAAACAUAAUGUCUUUUUGUUAAGCUAUUAAAGAAUACUUUAGAGGCGUCUGGGGGCCGAUUUUUUAAUUUCGAUCGCUCGAUUUCGUUUUCUCCCUUUAAUAAUAUCUCCACUACUAGGCAUUUAAAUUCUACUAAUAGAAUUGAAAACGAGUGGUAAAUUUCACUGGAUUCCUAAUUUCUGUCGCUCCUACUUCAAAAAUAUCAUUCCGCCGUUUUCUACAGAUUUUCGAGUGACGAAAUCGGGCGCUCGAAAUUCAAUAAUCGCCCCCUAAUCCUCUACUUUUGAUGCUGACUGUAGGUACAUUAAUAAUCACGGUGAAAAUAUGUAAUGCUAAUUAAUUGAAAACAACAUAUAACCUGUCGCUUGCUUAGUGUGGUUUCGUAGUUGGCCGUCCGUCAUAAAUAUAAUAGGCAGUAGCAGAAGCUAUUACGAACGUUAAUUAACAAACAAAAGUAUCUUCGCAGCUAUUUUUUGUCCUUUUGAUUGUGACGAGAUGAUUUUUUGUGUUUAUUUAUAGACGGCUUAACCGAUCAUAUUCAAAAUAAAAUAUAUUAUUGAUAUUUGUUUCUAAAAAUGUAAGCGUUGACCACGGUACCCUAAAAAGACAGACGUACAUACAUUUGUGCGUCGCAAGUCCAUUUAUUUUAUAUUAAAAUUAACGAAUGCAACUUGUAAAGCCAAUCAUUUUUUGUUAAAUGUUACAAUGGUCGUACCUACUUUUCGAAUAAUACAGAUAUUUUUUCACAAUAAAAAACAAUGCCCAAUUUCGAAAAAAAAAAACUUUUAAUUGAUAUUUUUUUAAUAUUUUAUUUACAUAAAAACAAAUAUACGGCCAUCUUCAAGCGAAGAGACCGCUAACGCCUUAAAUAAUAGAAGCUUGGAUCUUCUAUGUGGGUGGGUAGAUUUUCGAUUGACGUUUCUCAAUAAACAAUUGGAAUAUUCACUAGGCCCCCAGGUUGCCUCGUUUAUCAGCCAAGUAGCUGUCAAAAGGUUACACGAUAAUAACUAGCUGUCGUGACAAAAUAUCAGACAUCUUAUGACGCGACGUUUGAGGCUUUUCUACGUAUGUAAUAGAGCUUAAUUUAGAAUACACAUUUGUUUAUUGGAAUCAAAACUUGUUUGGGUCUUAAUUGCCCAGAUCAGUGUUGUUUAAACAACUACUGUGAGCGGUUCAUUAUAGUUUUCCAGGCAAAUUUAUUGUAAAUACGAGAAUGACAGAAUCUGUAAAGAGUAAUAUGUUAGAAAUUACUUCUCGGAUGAUUCAGGAAGUAAGAAAGGAGUACAAUUUGGAUAAGCCUGGAAUGAUGGACCAAGCUAUUGACAUUUUGUACAAUUGGAUUCAAAAACAGGACCAUCUGGUGAAGAAGGAUUUUUGUAGGGACUAUUUGGAACGCAUCAUCAUUUCUACUAAAGGAUCUGUUGAAAAAGCGAAAAAAAGGAUAGAUAAAGUUUGCACCAUGCGGACAAUGGUGCCAUAUUUAUUUGAGAAAAUCCACGCGAAGUAUGACUUCCCAAACUUACAGGAUUUUUACAUAAAUCUGAAUUUGCCAAAAAUAACUGAGGAUAACUAUAGACUGUUCAUUGCAAAAAUUGGUAACAAACCACUUUCGCCAUCUGUAUACCUGCAGGCGUACCAGUUGUCUGUUCUUUUUUGUGAAUAUAUGAAGCUUUACGAUUAUACACUUGGUUACCACGUAAUAUAUGAUAUGAGAGAUGCCAAUAUUUUGGAUGUAGUGACUAAGAUGGACUUGGUAGAUCUCCGCAAUGUCGUGACAUUCUACACUGACGGCUACGGUUUUAGAAUAAAAGGCGUGUAUAUAUUAUCUAAUUCGUCUGUCAUCGGUACUUUUGUCGACAUUUUGAAACAGAUUGUCAGUGCUAAAAUCGGACAAAGAAUUUGUGUUUGCAAGACAAUAGAAGAAUUGUACGAACGUGUACCAAAACAUUUGCUGCCUGAAGACUAUGGAGGUGAACAGAAAUCAGUUUUGACACUUUAUGAUGAAUGGAUAGAAGAAAUAUCACAAGACCAUCAUGUGGCAUACCUGAAGGAAAUGAGGGGAGCAUGCACCAACGAGAAAUUACGUCGCACAGACAAAUUCAACGAUGAUUACCUUGGGAUGCCCGGAUCAUUUAAGAUGCUUCAUGUGGAUUUAAUCAUGACAGAAUUCCCAAAAAAAGAUAUUUUACAAGUAAAUUCUGGCACUAUUCAGGAAGUUAAAAAGGAGUUUAAUUUGGACAAACCGGGAAUGAUAGACCAAGCUAUUGAUAUUGUGUACGAUUGGAUUCAAAAACAGGAACACUUUGCAAAGAAGGAUUUUCGUAGAGACUAUUUGGAACGCAUCAUCAUUUCUACAAAAGGAUCUACUGAAAAAGCGAAAAAAAGGAUAGAUAAAGUUUGCACUAUGCGGACUAUGGUGCCUAACUUGUUCGAGAAAUGCCACGCAAAGAAUGAUUUCCCACAUUUAAAGGAUUGGUACAUCAACCUUAAUAUGCCAAAAAUAACUGAUGACAACUAUAGAAUAUUUAUUGCAAAAAUAAACAACAAGCCACUUUCAGCAUCAGUGUUCAUGGAGGCGUAUCAAUUCUCGGUUAUUCUUUGUGAAUACCUGAAAUUAUACGAUUACACUAUUGGUUACCACGUGAUAUGCGAUUUGAGAGAUACCAAUAUUUUGGAUGUGGUCAGUAAGAUUGACUUAGUGGACCUUCGCAAUAUUAUGACGUUGUACACUGAUGGCUACGGUUUUAGAAUUAAAAGCAUAUACGUUUUAUCUAAUUCAUCCAUGAUCGGUGCUUUCAUCGAUAUUUUAAAACAGAUCCUCACCGCUAAAAUCGGUCAAAGGAUCUCUGUUUGCAAGACAGUAGAAGCAUUGCACGAAUGCCUACCUAAACAUUUGCUACCUGAAGACUAUGGUGGGGAACAGAAAUCUAUUUCCAUACUUUAUGAUCAAUGGUUAGAAGAACUUUCAUUAGACAAUCAUGUGGCAUACAUGGAAGAAAUGAGAGGAGCCUGCACUAAUGAAGCAUUAAGACGUCCAGACAAAUUUAACGACGAUUAUCUUGGGAUGCCUGGCUCCUUCAAGAUGCUGCAUGUUGAUUAGACAGGGUUCGAUUCCUUUGAAAAUAUCAAAGAAAAUGAAAUGUGAACUAUGUAUCUUAAUUUACUAUAUUUCAUAUACAGUUGGCUGUAGAUCCAUGUUACAAAUAUAUUUAAUUGUUCUACAUACUUAAGUAUAGAAUGGGCGUGCCUCUUUAAUUUUGCCCAACCCGUUACCAUGAAGAUGUUGUCUCCUUGACUUCCCCAGUACAAGGAAUGAGCCCGUACAAUACUCCCUUUUGCUUUCUCUUACCCCUACCACUUCCUAACCAAGGUGUUGCCAGGUAAUUCAUUAAACAUUACCCAUCACCCUGCCAUUAAUUCAGAUAUUUUAGGAAUGUUGCCAACGUAAAAUUCAUAUUUGCUUUCACUAUUUGGUAUAAUUAUUUAAAAAAAAACAUUACAUACAUUAAUCUCUCGUCUAUGUAAGUAUGAUGAAGAUCCUGACCAAAUUUUUAGUCUUGUUUUUGCAUUUAUUUUCGAGGUCAAGUUUUUCUACCUGCACUAAACGGCGCGACCGAAGUUUGAACCCAUGCUUUUAGACGGCCACCCACAUACGAAAAGUAAAAGCUGUUCGCUUUUGGUCACAAAAAGCUUAAAAAAAUUUGGUGUUUAAUAUAUAUAUUUUAUGUAAACGGCUGUAUCUCUUGAUUGCGUUGGCUUAGAAGUAUGAUUUUUUCACAGCUCUAAGAGACAGUAAACUUUAGUAUUUGAUAUAAAUUCCAGCUUGAUACGUCCACGAGUUUCUGAGAAAAAGGGUCUUGACAGACAGACAGACGGACGGACUGAUAACAAAGUGAUCCUAUAAGGGUUCCGUUUUUUCCUUUCGAGGUACGGAACCCUAACAACACAAACAUCAUCUGUUGACUUUUGAAUUACAUCUGGUGUAAAUUUUUUGCCCUACUUUCAUCAUUCCUAUUGUCUUAAAUCGUGGUCUAAAAAAGGUGAAAUUAUAGAUUCAAAAGUGAAUAGACAACACCAGCACACUAAUCGGUUCAGCCAUAUUGCCAUAUACCUCGCCUUUAAGAAAAUUACGAUCUCCAUAGCGCAACUUCGGCAGUUCCACGUAGCACACGACCGUUACAGCGUGGGAAACUAUCAAACGUGCCGACUAGCCGGGAAACACUCUAUUUACUGCCCAGACGUGAGUUUCGUGGUAAAUAAACUGGUAGGUUUAGCUGCUUAAAGUUAGCACCUAAGAUACGCUGACCGACAGAAAUUUACUAGUGUGAUGGCUAUCCGCAUUUUGGAAAUUUGAAAAGCAUGUAUUAAAAUGGAUUGGUUAUUUAAUCAUUUAACUGAAUAAAUCGAUACUCGUACUAGGGUACUCCAAAAUAAAAAUGUAUGAAUAAAUUUCCCGGUUGGUGCAAAAAGUGCAUUUCGCGGUUGGUUCCAUACUAAAACAUUUAAAACUUUCACGUUUUGAAAUACUAUUUAAAACCGGGUCCAUCGCGAAUUUAUUUCUUAUCUUCAUUCCGACGUUUCGACGCCGGGUUCACUGAGGGCCUAGGGUGCUGCCUCUCUGUCCCACUUGUAAAUUCGUACGUAAGUGUGACAGGGAGGCAACACGUCAAACGUGGUUCGCGGUUUGCCCUCUGGUCGUGGUCGCGGAUACGAUGGACCCGGGCCCGAACCCGGACCAAUGGACCCGGUUUUGAAUAUGUUUUAAAACCCAUAG